GUUAGAGGGAGUGCAGAAAGCCUGCCGGUGAGUGAGGACUCGCUACGCGCUCUUCACAUUCAUGAGGGGAAGGGCGCAGGGCAGCUGGCCCACGCAGGAAGAGAGCGACACGAGCCGGCUAACGCCACUUCCCUAGCUGAACCGGGAUCAGCUAACGUGAUCAAUUGAUGUCUUCGGGUGAGACUUGAGACGUCGCCGAUCGUUCAGUUGGUUUGAUUCGCCGCCGGUCGUCCGAAAAAUUACAGCCCGACAAAAUGACAGACCCUUCGGUGGCCGACACCCGCCGGUUGAAUUCCAAGCCCCAGGACCUGACGGACGCGUACGGGCCCCCCAGCAACUACCUGGAAAUAGACGUUAGUGAUCCACAAACCGUUGGAGUCGGACGGAACCGUUACACAAAUUACGAAGUUCGAAUGCGGACAAACCUUCCCAUUUUCAAACUGAAGGAGUCCUGUGUGAGAAGAAGAUACAGCGACUUUGAGUGGUUAAAGAUUGAGCUGGAAAGAGACAGUAAGAUUGUAGUACCAUCUCUGCCGGGCAAGGCCCUGAAGAGACAGUUGCCAUUUCGUGGCGAUGGGGGUCUUUUUGACGAGUCCUUUGUUGAGGAGCGGCGGUCAGGCCUGGAGCAGUUCAUCAACAGAAUUGCAGGUCAUCCCUUGGCCCAGAACGAGCGCUGUCUUCACAUGUUCCUGCAAGAGGAAAGCAUUGACCGCCACUACAUUCCUGGAAAAGUAUGAAUGAAGUAAGUUUGCUUUGUUUGAUCCUGUCUCAAGAGCUUUCUGGAGGUUAAAGGUGGCUGCAUGGGCACUGUAAAGACUAAAGGCGAUAGUUCACUAAUACUAAAGUACAACAUCUUCAAUACCAUAACUAAACUAUCACAGAGAUCUGACUAUGAAUUGUCAUUCUGUGCUGCAAAGGUAAGAAUGUUCUGCAAGUCAGAUUUACAUUACACAUUGUCAAGCUUGAAUGAAAUGUAAAUCUCAUUUGCAGUUAAAGGGUUUUGAAUUGGUAUAGGGUAACUGUUUCUUCAUAACUGGCUUUCAGAAGUUUCUCGCUGCACCAGUGUAGGCCACUACUGUUGGUUUGAAAGAUGUUAACUAUUGUUUAUAAGUAGUAUACAUCACCAUUGACUAGAGCUCUUUGUAAAACAUUUGUCAAACUAAUGCUGAUUCAAUGUCAUUGUCAACCGCACUAAUCAUUGACUGCAUGGCAAAAUUUGCAUGCUUUCUUUAAAAUAUAUUUGUGUCACCUGCAAUUGUUUUUUUUAACAUGCCUGUGAUCACCAUCGUAUGUUUCGGUUUGUUGAUUGAGAUCUUUAUUUCCUUUUAUUCAGCUAUACCACAGACAUGGAUAAGUGUGCUAUUUCUUCUGUAUUGCUCUAACGUUGUGCCAUUACAUUAGUCGCUGCAUCAGUGGAUUCUGAGAUUCACAGCAAAGACCAAAUACAUAUAAGCUUGAACAUGUCUCUAUAUUAUUUCUCAUGUCUCUCUCUCUCUCUCACUCUCUCUGAUUGCAAAGAUAAUACAGACUGCUGCACCUGCCCCAUGUACAUUUAUCUCGACAUCAAGUUGUUAUAUAGCUGGUGGAAAUGUCCGAACUGAUAAGUAUCAAUUGUGUUGGAACUGCUGCUCCUGGGCAGAACUUAAGAGAUCCAAUGUAUAAAUCGUUUGAUGUUGUGUCUUCAUUUGGUCAUUUCACAUACAGUAUGUACAUUAUUUUUGAUUCAGCACUCAACGAAAAAGAAAACAUGUUUCCAUAUAACCUUUUUGUUGUUACACUUCAUGAUUGUUUUCUGAAUAUCUGUUUAUUUGCUUUGAUAAAGUCUAAAAUGAGGGUAAUUUCCUGCUUUGAUUAAAGUCUUCUUUUGCCAGCAGAGAUGCGAUUGUGAUAACUUCCCAAAGUCGAGCAACAUGUAGCAUUUUGAGAAAGACUGACGUUUUCGCUCCAGUCAAUAUUUCCCUGAGUUGUAUGCUCUACACCUGCUAUGGGAGAGGAUUUCAUUGUUUUAACUCUGCCGUUACGUCGUCAUGCGUACACUCUGGCUGUGUGUUGUCAAAUCAGCUAUUGGGAAUGUUAAGUUGCAGAAAUAACAAAAAAUAAGCACUGUGACGAGGUUCAUUAUGUGAACAAUAUUUGAUUAUUUAAAGGUGCAUUAGCACCUUUAUUGAUCUGAAAUAAGGCUUUAUUCUUUGUUUAGUUUUAUUUAGACUUUAAUCUGCACUUAUUUUUUUCUUUCUAUUCCUGUGAGGUGUAUUAAUACAUGCUAUCUUUGCAGUGCCACCAUUGGUGACAAGGAACUUCCUUGUUUAUUCUGUCCAAUUAAAUUCCCUGCUGCCUGCUGUU